AUGGCUCAUGACCAGCCGACGUUCCGCUCGUUCGUCACGGCCUUCACGGACUUCCUCACUGUCGCCAUACACACGAUUCUGUACGAAAGAAACAUCUACCCGCAGACCUCCUUUCUAUCGGCCAGGAAGUACAAUUUCGCCGUCCGUCAGAAUCGCCAUCCCAAAGUCUGCGAGUGGAUCAAUGAUGCUGCCAGUGCUGUUGAAGCUGAGCUAUUGAAAGGCGCGGUGGAGAGAGUGGCAGUCGUUAUGUACAGCAAGCAGAACAAGCCCUUGGAGCGCUUCGUGUUCGAUCUCGCACGCUUUCCGGCUGUACCUGCAACAGAGCUGGACGUGCCCCUGGAGCGAGUGGACGCAAAUGGGUCUAAACUUCCUAUACUGCCUUCUGUCGAUAUGGAAGAGCAGUUCAGAGCAACCAUGAGCAGACUCACGAACUGCAGCACCGCACUACAGCCACUGCCUUCCGGCUGUACCUUUACCGUAGCCAUCGAACUGAGACGUAAUGGCGAGGCUCCAACUGGCCACCCUCAGCCUUGGGUAUCGGCUCAACAGCAGAGCAACAAGGCUCUGGCACAGAAGGCACAAAAGCAAACCACACCCAUCAGAUCAGUGACAGCUGGAGAAAUGGAGUUCGAGACAUGGAUUGAAGAUCUGCAAGAGGAACCAUCUCAAAGCUUCACCAGUGAAGGAUCGGAGUGA